UCGGCAAUCGGGCAAGCGUAGCGUCUACCUAAAUAUUUGUUUUCAUUUUAUUUAGGAAAAAAUCAUAUAGUUUUUUAAGUUAAAAGUAAGUUGUUUUAGUUUAUAAGCAUGUGUGAUCUCAAAAUAUGCCGAAUAUGUCUUCGGACAGAGUGCAAACUUUACAGUUAUGACCAAUUACCAUUGAAGUUUUAUUACGAGGAAAUAAUGUGUUGUAAAAAUAAAGUGAACAACAAAUUGCCCCAGUAUUUCUGCUACGAAUGCGCAACGUUACUUCACAAAUUCCAUAAAUUUAAAGAGAAAUGUUUUAGUGGGCAAAAUAUCUUACACGAUCUGCUAUUUAGGAAUAUGUUAAACUACAAAGAGGUUAAUGCCUUAAAUAGAAAAAGAAAAUCACAACCUCUUCCUUAUCAAAUGAACUUGAGCAUAAUAAAAGUUACUAAACAUGUAAAAACGUACAAUUACAUUUACAAAGGUGAAGAAGAAUGGGAUGACGAGAUUGAAAUAGAUUUCUCUGAUAAAACAUUUAAUAAUGAUCAUGAUUUAGAUGAGAAAUCGGAAAUUGUUAUUGUAAAACAUAAAAAUGAAUUUAACAAUGUGAAAUCUGAAGAAGACAUCCGAGUUACUAAAGAUACUGAUCAUAUGCCAGAAGAGAAUAAACCUGUUUUAGACAAUGAUGAUUAUGAUGACAAUGAACCGUUUUUUGAUGAUUUCCCUACUAUUAAUGAUUCAAAAUGUAUUGAUGAUGGUAAAAUAUCAGACAAUAAUGAAAUGACACGUGUACCUAGUCCCAUUUCGUCUGAUGAUGAAGUUUUAGCGAAAAUAGUUAACAAAUCUAAUGACACAAAAUUAGUAACAAAUACAAAAGUGCCAAAAUUUCAAAGAUCAAAGAAAGGUACACCGAAAUUGAGUGAUGGGAAUUGGAAGAAAAUAAAUUUGACAGAUGAAGAGGCCAUGCAGAGGUUUGUGGCGAGAGCUGAAGAUAGUAAAUAUGUGAACGCACCCUAUAAAUGUGAACAAUGUUAUAAAUGGUUUUCAAAUGUUGAUAUAUACAAUAGACAUAUUACUUUGAGGCAUGAUCAGUCUCUACGUCUGGAGUGUAAAUUUUGCAAAAUGCGUUUCAAAUUGGGCCAUCAACUACAGAAACAUUUGAAACAGCAUUACAACGUUUACGAAUGCCAGCGGUGUUACUUCGUCUGUCUUUUAGAACAAUCGGCAAUAUUUCACGACGAGUCUCAUAACGGCAAAAUAAGAACAUGCAACGUUUGUUUUAAGGAAUUCACUCACUCGUCAACAUACUACUCGCACAUGACCACGCACCGCACGAACUUCUUGUGCACUAUAUGCGGCCGGUCGUUCGUCAGCGUUCUCGGUUUGGACGUUCACAAGAAACGGACGCACAUAAACUACAGGGACGCGGAAAACACUGUUAAGCCAGACACAGAAACUAUGUACUGCGAGCGGUGUGACAUCAAGUUUGCGGCGCGGGCCGCUUACGAGGAACAUUUGUUCCAUUCCGCUAACCAUACGGAAGAUAUCGUAGAUGCUAACAAUGAACUACAAAGAUUCCAGAGGAAAGUUUGUGGGAUCAAGGAAAAGGCAGUGUUAGCGGAAGAAAUUCGAAUCAGGAAAGAAAAAGAUCCAACGCUUGUGUUGUCCAAACCGGUGAAAAGGUGGUGCGUCAGGACGCCGAAGAAAACUCCAAUGAAUUGUUAUCAAUGCGGCAAACAUUUCGAAUCUCAAAUGCAGUGUAGGAAACAUCAUUUAAAGGAACAUCCACGGACCACCUUCGUGUACCCGGGGACGCCCGAGAGGACGAUAUGUGAGAUCUGUGGCGCCGACUUAGCGUUUGGCAGCGUGAUGGCUCACCUCAACAUGCAUUCAAGAGAGAAAUUAUACAAGUGUGACGUUUGCGAAAGAAGUUUCGUGCAAAAUGCAACUCUAAAGAGGCAUAUGUUGGUCCAUACUGGCGAGAGGCCGUUCCCUUGCACCAUGUGCGAAAAGAGGUUCACACAAGCGGCCAGCCAAGCAUUGCACAUUCGCACUGUUCAUUUGAAGCAACCGCAUCCUAAAAGGAAUAGAAGAAAGAAAACGGAGUUUCAUUUUGAAGAAGAUCGCACUCCUGUAGAUCACUGGACUCAUACGGGGGAACGUCCCUACCCCUGUACCAUAUGCGGCAAACGUUUUACGCAAUCCAACAGUCAGCAAUUGCAUUAUCGAACUGUGCAUCUGAAGGAGCCGCAUCCGAAAAGGAAUAGAAGAAAAAAAAUUGAUAUUCCCCACACGGAAGACGAUUAACAUGAUAUGAAUUUGACACGAGGCUAAAAUUCAUAUAAUUCGUACCAACAUUAAAAAUAAUUAUUUUUAAUGUCUAAGAUCUUGAAUUAUUAUAAUUCAAGAUCUUCUUGAAAUUAUAUUCUUAGUGGGUCUACGGGUAUGGCCCAUUCACCUUGUUCAUGUAAAGCAAAUUAAUCAGUAGUAGGUCUUAUGUUUUUAUGAGCUAAUAAUAAGUGCCGUGUGGUUCCCGGCACCAAUAGAAACAAAAUAGGACCACUCCAUCCCUUUCCCAUGGAUGUCGUAAAAUACGACUAAGAGAUAUUCUUAUAAACUUGCGAUUGUUUUUUUAGGUGAUGGGCUAGCAACCUGUCACUAUUUGAAUCACAAUUUUAUCAUUAAGCUGAACGUGGCCUAUCAGACUUUUCAAGACCAUUGGCUCUGUCUAUCCCGCAAUGGAUAUAGACGUGAUUAUACGUAAUGCAUGAUUGUAUGGGGUAUGACUGUUUUUUCUAAAAAAUAUAACAUCCUUCUUCGUGAAUAAAUUUAUGUAUUGUAGCGCAAUAAUGAGUUAAUAGAAUAAA